AAAAUGUGUAUCGUCUUGUUCUCAUCCAACGGUCACCUUUUUUCCGUGGUCACAUGAUAUUUUGCUUUUUUGAGCAAUCAUUCACACACAGCAACAACAUCAAAUAAUUUAGUAGGGCCGUAAAAUUAUAAUCUAACACGGCAUGAAUAAAGAGCAUCUUCUUAUAUAAUUAUUACUAACUAACAUAAAACUAUAAUUCAAUAAUUAAAAUUUGAGCGAUAUAUAUGACUCGUUUUAUGACGCCAUAAAGGUAGUUAACUUUACCCUUUAUAAGUUUCUAUGGUUCACAUUUGGCAGCAUCUCGCUAUUUGUCAACUCGUGUAUCACUAUAAAUUCACCUAACUGGCUUCAUCUGCUAUUCAUCCUCACAUCUUAUAAUUCUCUAUCUCUCUUCUCAGGCUCCCAUUAUCUUUCUCUAUUUUGCAAAUCAGUAUGGGUAAGUUCACAACCAUUUUCAUCAUGGCUCUCCUUCUUUGCUCUACGCUAACCUACGCAGCAAGGCUGACUCCGACGACAACCACCGCUUUGUCCAGAGAAAACUCCGUCAAGGAAAUUGAAGGAGACAAGGUUGAAGAAGAAAGCUGCAACGGAAUUGGAGAAGAAGAAUGUUUGAUAAGACGAAGCCUUGUUCUUCACACCGAUUACAUUUAUACUCAGAAUCACAAGCCCUAAGUUUCUGUAUUAGAGCAAUUAAUUAACUAAUUACAUUAUCAAACCUAUCACUGUAGUACUUUCUGUUUUCUGUUCGUCUUUUUGUUUUGUUUUGUUUAUGUUAUGGCUAUUUUAAAGUUUCAUUGUUAUUUUGAAAGUUCUUACACCAUCCUUAUUGAUAGUCUCUUAAAACAACUAUUAUGUUAAGAGAUAUAUCUUAUAACUAACAAAAAUAUCUUAAAGUCUUUUAAAUAAGAGUUUUUUGUUAAUUAUAAGACAUGUAUCUCAACAUAAGACUUGGCCUAAGAGAUAAUCAUUUAUAAAGAUGGUCUUAUUAUUCUCACUCGUUUGUAUUAUUAUUAUGGAUUCUAAUAUAGCUAAAAGUAUUUUAUUUGUAAGCUAAGGUUUAUAUUAACUAUUAAGUCACAACAAAUAUUUGAUUCUGUCCAACUUUCGAGUUUGGUUGUAACCACCAGCUGUAUUUUUGUCUUAGAAUUAGACGCGUUGACUGAGGAAAAAAACUAGUUGACUUUUCUUGUGAAGACUUACUUUUCUAACACCUCUAUCAGGCAGGGGCCUUUGACUGGGCCACUUGAUUGUAUGAUACGUUAAUUAUGGGCUAAGGCCCUCAAACACACAAAAAUAUCAAACUGUAAUUAGAGUUUUUAUUAGGUGAUUUGAAUGGCGACUUGGUUGAUAUUAAAAAAAUAUUGUUGCAUCAGUCUGGAAGAUUUUAAAGGAAUUUGUUUGUGAGCUUUGCAUAUCUCUUUGUUUUCUCACCCCAAAUAAAUCACUCGUAUUUUUUGUAUAAUUGAGAGGGUCUCUUAUUUUUUUCACCCAAGUGUGUUUAACUCAUCCAGUUAAAGAGGUGUUGUUAGUUAUGACUACAAAGGUUUUGGCAACUACUUAGUUAUAGAUGCUAGUGAACAACAAAGUAGAAGAGGAAGAGAAGAAAUAUUGAAGAUUAGCUCACUUUGGGAAUAUUAGCCAG